AUGGCUGAAGAAAAUCAUACCAUGAAAAGUGAGUUUAUCCUCACAGGAUUUACAGAUCACCCAGAAUUGAAGACACUUUUUUUCUUGGUGUUCCUUGCCAUCUAUCUGAUCACCAUGGUAGGGAACCUUGGCCUGGUGACACUGAUUUCUAAAGAGCAUCAUCUUCACACGCCAAUGUACAUCUUUCUGGGCAACCUCGCUCUUGUGGAUUCUUGCUGCGCCUGUGCCAUUACUCCCAAAAUGUUAGAGAACUUCUUUUCUGAGGACAGAAUGGACAGAAUGAUUUCCCUUUAUGAAUGCAUGGCACAGUUUUAUUUUCUCUGCCUUGCUGAAACUGCAGACUGCUUUCUUCUGGCAGCAAUGGCCUAUGACCGCUACGUGGCCAUUUGCAGCCCACUGCACUACCACACCUUGAUGUCAAAGAAACUCUGCUUUCAGAUGACCACAGGGGCCUACAUAGCUGGAAUCAUGCAUCCUGCGAUUCAGAUAGGGCUUCUCUUUAGGUUAACUUUCUGUGGGUCUCAUCAAAUUAAUCACUUUUUUUGUGAUGUUCUUCCAUUAUUCAGACUCUCUUGUGUUGACCCUUAUAUCAAUGAAUUGAUGAUAUUUAUCUUUCCAGGGUCAGUUUUAGUCUUCUCUAUUAUCAUAGUCCUUAUCUCUUAUUUCUGCAUCCUCUUCAUGAUUUUCAAAAUGAAGUCCAAAGAAGGAAGAGGUAAAGCCUUAUCUACUUGUGCAUCCCACUUUCUCUCUGUCUCAAUAUUCUAUGGUUCUCUUCUUUUUAUGUACAUUCGACCAGAUUUUGUUAAAGAAGAGGAUAAAGAUAUACCUGCUGCUAUUUUUUAUACUCUAGUAAUUCCUUUAUUAAACCCCUUUAUCUAUAGUCUAAGAAAUAAGGAAGUAUUGAAUGUUAUGAAAAAAAUUAUGAAGAAAAUUUUAUAA